AAACAACUGCUUCGUGUUUUGUUUCAUCCGUUUUGUGCUUUCGUGUUUAUAUUUGUGGUGAUGUCGUUUAGAUAUUAUUUAUCGUUAAACUAAAUUUAUAAGUUAAACUCCGAUAUUUCAACAUAAUGGGAACAACGGGUCUAUCAAUUACUUUAGCUAAUAGUAUAAUAGGGGUAGGCAUAUUAGCUAUGCCAUUCUGUUUUCAACAAUGUGGUGUUUUGCUGGCUACUCUAAUUCUAUUACUGAUGGGUUUGGUGUCAAGACUAUGCUGCUAUUUUUUAUUAAAAUCUGCUUUACUUGCGAGAAGAAGGAACUUUGAAUUUCUUGCAUUCCAUGUUUUUGGCACAGCAGGCAAAUUUGGAGUGGAAGUGGGUAUAAUUGGUUUUCUAAUGGGCACUUGCAUAGCUUACUUCGUUGUAGUCGGAGACCUUGGGCCACAGAUCAUCUCUAAAAUGUUUAAUAUCAAUCAAAGUGAUAUGUUAAGAACAUCAAUAAUGGUGAUUGUUUCCCUUGUUUGUGUUUUGCCGCUAGGCCUGUUGAGGAAUGUGGACAGUUUGAGCAAUGUCAGUGCGGCAACUAUAGGAUUCUAUUUUUGCCUUGUCAUGAAGGUAAUAGCUGAAGCUGCAUCGGUAUUGUUGGAAGGCGACUGGCAGUCUCGUGUGCAGAUGUGGCGACCAGCGGGCGUGUUACAGUGCGUGCCUAUAUUCUCAAUGGCACUGUUCUGCCAAACACAGUUGUUUGAAAUAUUUGAAUCACUACCAUCUCUAUCACUGGAAAAGAUGAACUUGGUGACGAAAAACGCCAUCAAUAUAUGUACAGGUGUCUACUUCACACUCGGACUGUUCGGCUACAUAGCUUUUAAUGCACAAGAAAUAUCAGGCAAUAUUCUGAUGAGCCUGAGUCCAACUAUGGCUAGUGACGUCAUAAAGCUAGGGUUCGUGAUGUCGCUCGCGUUCAGCUUCCCGCUUAUUAUAUUCCCGUGCCGUGCGAGUCUCUAUUCACUUUUGUAUAAAAAGGUACACUCCUCUCAUCACGACCACAUAAUCAAUAACUCUAUCCCAGAGGGUUCAUUUCGUCGCAUCACAGUUGGUAUAGUGGCAUGCACUCUGGGUGUUAGUCUGCUGUUGCCGAACAUCGAGCUAGUGUUAGGUCUAGUGGGAUCCACCAUAGGUGUACUUGUUUGCCUCGUUUUCCCAGCCGCUUGCUUUCUACAUCUCACAUUUAAGGAUACCAAUGAGAGGCUAUUAGCGAAGGGCAUAUUAAUAUUAGGAUUUAUCAUAAUGGUCCUUGGUACUUAUGCAAAUCUACAAGCAGCUGAAAACCAAGCCGACAAGUACGACGAGAAAUAUAUCACGAAGGAGCGUAUUGAUAAAAUUGUUGAAGAUUUCUUCGAGAAGAUGGAAAAAAGCAACGGUCUCAACCUCAAACCAGAAGACAAUGGCAACAUCAUAAAUGAUAAAAGUAAAGUAAAUGGUGAAACAAUAAAAGAAUCCGUUAUUCUGCCACCAAAUCCAGUACCACCAGAGUCGCAAUCCAACGAGAAAAAUGGAAAACUUGCUAUUAAUAUUGCUACGAAAAAUAAAGAAGUAAUGUCUAAUAAAUUUAAAAAUACUUCAGACAAAGUAUCGGGAUCACACCCCAAAAAUUUGAAGAAACAGAAUGAAGUGAAAAGUAUAAAUGUAGAUGAAAUGAAGGAUGAAAUCAAAGAAAAAACAGAAAAACAAAAGGAAGAGGCAAAAGUGAAAGAUCAAAUCAAACCUUCAACAAAUGACGAAAAAAUUAAUAUGAUAAAGCAGCAACAAUUGAUAGAAACUAUAAAACAACAUGGCAAAGAGCAAAAAGAACUAAUCAAAGAACAAAAAGAGAUUUUAGAUGAAAUAUAUAAAACGAAACAAGAGUUACAGAAGAAUAAAAAUGAGGUUGCCAAUGAAGAGGCAAAAAAGAUUGCUGUAGAGAGCAUAAAGAAAAUUGCUAAUAUAGCUUUGCAAAGUUUAGGCGGUGUUACUGAUAAGCCGGGUCAAUCCAAUGAAGAUAAAAUAUCUAAUAAUUUAGAAAAACUGGCCAAUGAAGCCGUUCAACAAAUCGCACAGAAAGCCGUUGAAACAAUAGUGGCAAUAAAAGAAACUCAAGAAAAACCGGAACAGCCAUUGAAGCUGCCAGAUUUGCCCGUUUUACCAAAUAUUGCACCUGUAAAUAAUGAGAACGGAGCUCGCAGUAAUAAUAAUGCUGCAAUAAAUAAUCAAAAUCUUAAAAUAAAUAUAUCAAGCCCAUCUCAACAAACCCCUGUCGCAAAAGAUAAUCUUGCAUCCAAUAUCGCAAAUAACAGCCCUGAUUCCAAAGUCCCGAAUAACAAAAUUGUGAAUAAUCCUGAUUUAGGAAACUCUGAACUCCCCAAAAAUACGAUGAAACAAAAAUCUAAUGUCCAACCUGGUAUUAAUAUUCAACAAGAUGUUGGAAAUUUAAACUUACCCGAUAAAAACCAAAUUGCAUCAAAUAUUAGUAACGUCGCUUCGAAUAUCGUUCAAACUAUGGUUCACGCUGAAGCUGCACCAAACAUUCCACAAGCUUCUGUCAAUAAUGACCAAGCCGCGCUUAACGUUAUUCAAGUUCCAUCAAAUAUUCCGGGAGCAAUACCUCAACCAGCUAAUAAUGUAGAUGUAGAACAAGCAGCUCCAAACAUAAAUAACGCACAACUGAAAAGCAAUAAUAUUCUAGUUGAAAACGCACAAAAUAUCGUACAGGCGAAUCUACCAGUACAAAAUCAAAUGAUUGAAAGUAAACUACCUGAAAAGGAUAUUGAACUCCAAGAGAAACAACCCGAAAAAAAUAUUAAAUCACAAGAUAAUGCAGCCAAAGAGCAUUCACAUUCUCCAGACGAGCCUCAAUCUUAUAAACAGGGUGAAGAGUCUCAAAAGAAAAAUGAUCCAGCUCUUACUAAUAUGGUCGAUCAAAAUAUACCCUUGGCUUUAGCUUUGAACGGUAAAUCGCCAAGCAUUCUGAGUACUGAUGAAGUAAAAAACAAUAUAAAUAACAACGAUCAACAAAAUAUUCAAGUAGAAGAUAAAAAAGUUAACAAUGCUCCCGUGAGGCAUAAAAGAGAAGUUAUUGAUUGUACUGAAAAAUCCACAUUGAAACCGGAAGACAAGGAAAUCUGUAAAGCUCUGGUUGAUACUCCUACUAUAAAAAUAAUCAAAAGUAAUUCCAAUCAUGUUCUGUCACCCAAAGUAGAUCUUAAUGAUGUAGAUUUACCUAAGGAUUUACCAUUGCACCCGAAUAUGUUAACUCAUCAUAUUCUAAGUAGAUCUUUGAAAAGUAUAGAAAACGAUGAAAAGUCAUGAUGAAAAUAUAUAUUUUUUUAGAAUAUAAGACUCGGAUGCCUUUAAACGUAGUUAUACUGCCAGGUUUAAAUUUUCUUUAUUCACAUAUGAAAAUAAACCAAGAGAGACAAGUACAUACCUGGGGAAAUUGUUACAGUGUGAUGCAAACUUAUUGACUAUUGUAAUGUGAGAACAUAAUUUUGGAAUUUAAAUUCCAAAACGUCUUAUUUUGUAUCCUUAAACGAAGCUAAGAUACUAAAAGCUAUGAAACCAACGUAAGAAUGAGCGAGUAAGAAAGUCUUUUCAUGUUUUCAUUCGAUCAUACAUACAUGUUAUUUUUGAACGUCAAACAUACAAUGGAAAUAAUAAGAAUGAGGUUAUAAUAUUAUUACGAGCGUUGGAACGCCCGAAAUUUUCUUAUAUGACUUAGCUCCCUUGAACAGAAUGUGUGAAAUUCAUUAUUUUUUUUUAUAAAUAGCUAAUUUCGCCUUAAGCAAGUAAAAGAUUUUCUAGAUAAAUUUUAUUCAAAAUUGGAAUUGAAACUGGUUGUAGUUUACGGUAGCCAGGGGUAAAUAAUAAAUACGUC